CUCUCGUCCGGCCAUCGAACGACGAGAUGGGCGCGGUAACCCUGCAGUCAGCGCUGGGAAACCCCACGCUGCAGCAGCGACGGUUGGGGAACCUUCGGCCAGCAAGUUAACAGAAGAGCAGAUCACAGAGUACAAAGGAGUUUUCGAGAUGUUUGACGAAGAGGGAAAUGGAGAUGUGAAGACCCUGGAGCUGGAGAGACUGAUGAGUUUAAUGGGAAUAAAUCCUACAAAGAGAGAGCUCAGCCAGAUGGCCAAAGAUGUGGACAAAAAUGGUAAAGGGGUAUUUAACUGUGACAGUUUCCUGGGUCUGAUGGCACUGUACCACGAAAGAACCAAGAACCAGGAUGCUGAACUUAGAGCUGCUUUCAAAGUAUUUGACAAAGAGGCCAAGGGAUAUAUUGACUGGAACACACUGAAAUACGUACUCAUGAACGCUGGGGAACCUCUUAACGAGAUUGAGGCCGAGCAGAUGAUGAAGGAGGCGGAUAAAGAUGGAGAUGGAACCAUCGAUUAUGAAGAAUUUGUGGCGAUGAUGACUGGGAACUUGUUUAAAAUGAGCUGAAGACAUUCAGGAUAUUCUGCAGUUGUUGUCAACAUGUUAGAAUUACACAAAAUGAUAUAACAAGAGUCGAUGAUGUUUGCAAUAACAUAUGUUUGUGAAUGACUGCACAAAUCCUUCACAUUAAAGUAAAAUAAAUCUA